AUGGGCGCCUAUAUUGAUAAAGCAGUGCUUGCUGCCAAAAAGCUCUUUGUUGUGACUAGGCAUCGAAGCUAUGUGGGACUUCCAAAAGAUAUCAAAGAUGCUUGUGUGGUGUUGGGAUUGAAGCAUACCCACCAUUCAUCACUCCUAAUUCCCUCUCCAUAUGUUGUUGGCAACUUGGCAAAAAUCAGAAAUCUCAUCCGGAUUGAAUAUAUUGACAAAGGUCCUUUUCCAAAAGAGACAUUGCGGUUUUGGAUGAAUGGACUUGGCCAAAGAGCUCCUUUGGGCUACUACAUUGAAACUAAGGG